UUCUCGUUACGUGGGAAGCAAAGUAGGCAGAAUGUCCGGUAGAGGAAAAGGUGGAAAAGGUCUCGGGAAAGGAGGCGCUAAGCGUCACCGCAAAGUGCUCCGCGAUAACAUCCAGGGCAUCACGAAGCCGGCUAUCCGCCGUUUGGCUCGCCGUGGCGGUGUCAAGCGUAUCUCGGGUCUGAUCUACGAGGAGACCCGCGGCGUGCUCAAGGUGUUCCUGGAGAACGUGAUCAGGGACGCCGUCACCUACACCGAGCACGCCAAGAGGAAGACCGUCACCGCCAUGGAUGUGGUUUACGCCCUGAAGCGUCAGGGACGAACCCUGUACGGCUUCGGAGUUUUACUCGAAGAGAAGAAAAUCAUGCCUGAACCCGCCAAGUCCGCCCCGAAGAAGGGCUCCAAGAAAGCCGUGACCAAGACGGCUGGUAAGGGAGGCAAGAAGCGCAGAAAGUCCAGGAAGGAGAGCUACGCUAUCUACGUGUACAAGGUGCUGAAGCAGGUCCACCCCGACACCGGCAUUUCCUCCAAGGCGAUGGGCAUCAUGAACUCGUUCGUCAACGACAUCUUCGAGCGCAUCGCCGGUGAGUCGUCCCGUUUGGCUCAUUACAACAAACGCUCCACCAUCACGUCCAGGGAGAUCCAGACCGCCGUGCGCCUGCUUCUUCCCGGUGAGCUGGCCAAGCACGCCGUGUCCGAGGGCACCAAGGCCGUCACCAAGUACACCAGCUCCAAUUCUGCAAAGCGAAAGGAAGUGAAAAUGAGUGGAAGAGGAAAAACCGGAGGUAAAGCUAGAGCGAAGGCCAAGACUCGCUCCUCCCGCGCCGGGCUGCAGUUCCCUGUGGGCCGUGUUCACAGGCUGCUGCGCAAAGGGAACUACGCCGAGCGCGUCGGCGCCGGCGCUCCCGUCUACUUGGCUGCCGUGUUGGAGUAUCUGACCGCUGAGAUCCUUGAGUUGGCCGGCAACGCCGCUCGCGACAACAAGAAGACCCGUAUCAUUCCUCGUCAUCUGCAGCUGGCUGUUCGUAACGACGAGGAGCUCAACAAACUGCUCGGAGGAGUGACCAUCGCUCAGGGUGGCGUGCUGCCCAACAUUCAGGCUGUACUGCUGCCCAAGAAGACCGAGAAGGCGGCCAAGACCAAUUGUCAGGGAGGAGUGCAGUUUGCCAUCAUGGCAAGAACCAAACAGACCGCCCGUAAGUCCACCGGUGGCAAAGCUCCGAGGAAGCAGCUGGCUACCAAGGCUGCUCGUAAGAGCGCCCCGGCUACCGGCGGCGUCAAGAAGCCUCACCGUUACAGGCCCGGCACCGUGGCUCUCAGGGAGAUCCGCCGUUACCAGAAAUCCACAGAGCUGCUGAUCCGCAAGCUGCCCUUCCAGCGCCUGGUGCGGGAGAUCGCUCAGGACUUCAAGACCGAUCUCCGCUUCCAGAGCUCUGCCGUCAUGGCCCUGCAGGAGGCUAGCGAGGCGUACUUGGUGGGUCUGUUCGAGGACACUAACCUAGCUUAUGUAGUCAGCAUGUCUGGAAGAGGAAAAGGCGGCAAAGGUCUCGGGAAAGGAGGCGCUAAGCGUCACCGUAAAGUGCUCCGCGAUAACAUCCAGGGCAUCACGAAGCCGGCUAUCCGCCGUUUGGCUCGCCGUGGCGGUGUCAAGCGUAUCUCGGGUCUGAUCUACGAGGAGACCCGCGGCGUGCUCAAGGUGUUUCUGGAGAACGUGAUCAGGGACGCCGUCACCUACACCGAGCACGCCAAGAGGAAGACCGUCACCGCCAUGGAUGUGGUUUACGCCCUGAAGCGUCAGGGACGAACCCUGUACGGCUUCGGAGGUUAAGCGUUUGACUCGAACAACGAUAAACACAACGGCUCUUUUAAGAGCCCCCCACGUUUCCGCUUAAAGAGCUUUUUCUGUUAUGUGACUUCAAACAUGAUGUUUUGUAGAGGUGGAGAAAACGUUACUUGGAGUUCCGCCAUAAAUAAAAUUAAAAAAAUAAAUGGAUCAGUAAAUUAAUCAAUAAAUAAAAGAAAAACUAUAUAUUGCAAUUGUAAAUAUACACGUUUCUUUAAUUUGCAGUUAUAUAUUUCUCAAUUUAUUUCUGUAUUGUUUUAUUAAUGCCUUUUUUAAAAAUAUUUUCCCGUAUCUAUAUUUUUAUUUAUUUUUUUCAUUAAUUCAUUUAUUUAUUUCUGUAUUUCGUCGUUCAUAUGAUUAGGGGGCGUGUUUUUCACGUUGAGGCUUAGCAGUCAAGACCAGGAGGAGAAGAGCUGAUUAAACUGCUCUUUCACUCCAUAAAGAGCUGCAAUGUCACGAACAGACAGACCUGCCAAUGAAUAACUCUCGAUGGCUCCACAGGCCGUGUGUGAGACGGGCGUCCGAAUGUCUGAGUUUGAUCUGAAUUCUACAGAAAAAGACGCUGAAACUCCUCCUCCAAAGCUCUGAACACUACGGCUUGACCUCUGAAUCAGCAGAGGCAGCAAAAUGGAGCAAACUGUCCCCACAGCCUCCAACGGAAGAGUCAAUAAUCCGGACCUGCAUUUUCAGCCAGAUCAGCCGAGACUCUCAGAUCUCUGACUGUCUGCUGCUGUAAGAAGCCGUUACUGUACUGUCUGGUCCUCAGUUACCGCUGAGAGAGCAAGACAAAUACAAUCGAUCUACAGAAACUGACAUCGAUCAACCAAUAGGAGUAUUAAGACGCUGUGACAUCAUUGACUGACAGCCCCUUUAUUAGCAUGAGGACAAGGAAAUACAGAAAUAAAUAAAUAGAGAAA